UUGGUCGGACCGGAAGUAUAAUAGGACCCCCACGAGGCUGUCUCUUUCACCCUCUACCCUCAUCAUGGAACCCCCCACUGCACCUCCCAGCGUAUUUUCUACCACGGAUACUAGUCAAAUGCUCUCCAAUCCCCAGGACGCCGUGACCCCGCCCAUCUCUAGCGGCACCCCAGAUAGCAUGGACGUCGAUGAACCCAAGGUCACCACCCCUAGACCCGCACAGGGGAAAAUGGAUACCGACCUCGUUCACGAAAUCCCGGGAAUGUAUCGUCUACUUGAUUUGAUCAGCGAGCCUGGAAGUGGAGGUCUCGUUGACAAAAUCAUCAUUGCCCAAGACUCACUGAAACUAUUCGCUAACGACAAGAGCCCCGGCGCCUAUGUCUCACUCACUAAAGUGGACUUCAACGUUCUCGAUCGAUUUGCCAUCAAGCCUGUGGGUGUCUAUGGUAGCAAAGAAGAAAUUAUUCGCUUCAUAUCGACCCGCACUGUUGUCAAUCCUUCCUUGGCGCAUAGACUUCUCAAGCCACAGACCAGCCUUGGACCAUCUCUACGGUCAGGAUUAUACGCGUUGGAUUCGUCAACUUCGGAUCAAUUAUUUGUGAUAUAUUGGCCGGAGGAGACCACUUGGAAUGACGACGCCAUAUCUGCUGUGAGAAGGAAUCGUAUUACGUUUAUGCGAUAUCUCACCAAAGUCUGCGACCAACUGUUGUGUAUGAUAUCCUCCGAACAGGCUGCCUUGCUUGUCUGGAAAGAGAAUUCUGAAGACCCUUUCAUGGAUCUAGACGAUGAUGCAGACCGCUUAUUCACAUUUGAGGUUCACAAGACCAACGAGCAGGAGGAAAAUGUCACCAUGCGCCCUGGAUUCAAAAUCAAUUCAUCUCACAUUGCUCGCGAAGUAACGGACGAUAUACCUGUCGAAGCUUCUUUGCUUCAUUCCAGAAUGCUAAAGGGCGAAGCCUAUCAAGCAUUCGUCACCGUCAAGUACAAAGGUCCCCAGCAACGGCAAGAGGAUGUUGCUAAUCAGGCGUACGGUUCCAUGCGCCUCCAAACUCUUCUUACAACCUCGGGUCCUGUAUGCUUAAAUCCAAAUCUCACAGAUCAGGAGAUCGCGAUAUUGAUCGAACAUGGAUUGAACAAGCGUUACUCUCUCGCAUGUGACUCUUGGAAAUCUCGGACGCAAGAAAUAGAAUCUAGCGUUGAACACUUCAGGCGGGAAGAAAUGGCAAAGGUGAAACCGGACGAAACCGCUGAGAGUGAACUAGCCGCUAUGUUAAGGUUGGCCAUUGUGCACUCUGUAACAACCAGGUUCACAACUUUGAAUAAGGAAGCGAUUUGUCCCGCAGCAAUUUACUCCGACGAGGAGACUACGAGACUGAAUGCGUUGUUAGACAAUUUCAAUGCCAUGCACCCAACAUUUCGUCAAGAGCUCCAGAACAGCAUGGACAAUAAUGAUCUCGUGUCUAUCAACUCACGUCCGUUCAUUUCGGGGAAGAAUAAAAUUCUUGUCACGAGAUGUAUAAUGAUGGAAUCGGAGAACCUCUCCCAUGAACAACGACGGGAUUUGAUAGAAAACAUUCUGUCAUCCGAAAAAUCGGACGAUAUCAUCGCUUUGACGCAAAAGUCUCAGAGUUUCGUCUCGUCUUUCACCUCUCUCUUUCGCUUAGAUAAGCCAGUCAAAACAAAAGAUUUUCUUGCAGCUAGGAACAUGGUUCAGACCGAUCCUCAUUUCCUCUCAUGUCUGAACGAGAUUCUGGGUCAAGAAGUUCUUUUGCAGGAAGCGAUCACAAAAGUGGUAGACCUUGCAGAAGGCUACUUCCGGAAGAAGAUCGACGGCGUCGUGAAGAAGUUGGUUGGUAGAGCUGUACUGGCACGGGAAAAGGCUUGUAAAACGCAGAUUGAUCGAGAUGUGCAAAGCCGCCAAGAUGCCCGACAAAAGGAUUCGCGAAAGCAGUUCAUUGAAGACAUCGAAGCGCAGAACCAAGGAGAUUUGUCUACUCUCAUAAUCGAUAACGUUGAUAUCACAAACAAGUGGCCGAAUUUCAAGGAGUAUCGGCUCACUGCUUCAAAGAUCGAGCAUGUUGAAGCAUCGAUGGAGUAUACCGUUCACACUCUCAGUUUAUCUGAAGAACAUCGCCGUGGCAUCCAGAUGGAUUCUUCGUUUGUACCGAUCCCGCACAUAGAAUCCACUCGUCGGCUAAGCACCCCCUUCAACCUUCCACUGAGCUCCAGGAUAUUAUACAUACACCUCCUUGCCUCCAUCAAAUGUUUGCUUGUUGUUGACGACAAUCGACCCGGAGGCAACUUGUACAUUUAUCUUGAACAACUUUCCCUGCUCGACAAUGCUAUACAACAUAACCGUCACAAAAAGAUGUUGCAUAAGGACAAACUUGGCGAGAAUUUUCUCAUAGCUUUUGAUGAGAUCAAACGAAUGCUAUUACUCUACGCCUCCUCCAAGUUACAGCUACAUAUCUUUGCGUUUGAUGAAACACAUAGCACACUCCAAGGAUGGGGCAGCGCGGUCAACCUUGCACCUUGGUAUGCGUCACAGUCUGUCUCCAUAUGUCAUGCCUGUUUUGUGUGUGGGACCGAGGAGAUAUUGUUGAUUGACAACGGAUACCAAGCUCGAAUUUUCUCGUUGAUUACCCAACAGUUUAGGCCCGCUACCCUAUCGCUUGGCAGUCUUCCGCAAGCUGUUUAUUCUUCGCCUGAUGGUGCAUGUUUGUUAUUGGCAUACACAAACGAGGAUCAAACCACUUUACAUGCCUAUCAUUGGAACAGUUUUGGAUCGAGUCACGAGAUAGCUCUCCAGCUUCCUCCCGGCUUCUCCAAUGAUUGCAUUUUAAGCUCCUUCGUCAACAGGAACUGCAUCCACCUCAUAUCUCUUGACGAACUUUCCCAGUCCUGCUCCUCAGUUGUAUUGGAUAUCACCAAAAAGAUAACCGAAUUCCAAUUCAAAGAGAAGGGUGGGAAUAAAAUCUCUCACGUAGAGGGUAGCCACGGCUCAACGCGCCAUAAUUCUCUGAUCGAAUGCUUCUCGGAUGUUUGGACACGCUUUCCCGUCGUGGCGGCAAUACAACACUCUAUCGGCAUCGGAAAUAGAGCUCAGGCUCCUAAAGCUGUAACCUUUGCUACGGAUCGUGAUUUUGAUAAGUUUGAACCUCACUUCUCUGACUUGAUACAAUCUUUCGAAUUGAGAACCCGGAAACCCACGAACGAUGUCCUGAAGCAUAUCAAUGUGCGAGCAGUGCCGCUUUCCGAUAUCCCUUCUUUGGUCGCAAAGGAAGAUACAUGGCCUGUCUCACAGUUUCCACUUGGAGCAUGGCUUGUAAAUCUUUUCUGCCUGAUUCCCAUCCACAUCGCCAUCACCCGUGAGAAUCGCUUCUUACCACUGAAGGAUGGUGUUAUAUCCGUUGAAUGGGAAAAGUCACUGCUCGGCGCUGAAGUUGGGAAGAUCAUUGAUAGCGUCUCGAUUGGCUGGUAUGAAUCGAUUUUCCAGUCAUACAUGGCCAAGAAGCCUGUCAGAGUUGUCUCCUCCAUGGGUGAACAAUCGGUAGGAAAGAGUUAUACUCUGAAUCACCUCGUAGACUCGUCCUUCGCAGGCAGUGCUAUGAGAACGACGGAGGGUGUGUGGCUCUCGGUGACACCAACAGAUGAUGCCCUAGUAGUCGCACUCGAUUUCGAAGGCGUUCACAGCAUUGAGCGUUCCACACAAGAAGAUACUCUGCUGGUUUUAUUCAAUACCGCUAUAUCUAACUUGGUUCUCUUUCGAAAUAAUUUUGCAUUGUCUCGAGAUAUUACAGGCCUUUUCCAGUCCUUCCAGUCUUCUUCUACGGUCCUCGAUCCUGCUGCCAAUCCAUCGCUCUUUCAGUCAACACUAGUUAUCAUAAUAAAGGAUGUUACAGAUAUAGACAAGAGGGAGAUCGUCAAAGAGUUUUCCGCGAAGUUUCAGCAAAUUGUUCAGGAUGAACAGGAUGCGAACUUUAUUUCCCGCCUCCAUGCUGGAAGACUGAAUAUUGUUCCAUGGCCGAUCAUCGAAUCAAAAAGUUUCUAUAGCUUGUUUUUGGCCCUACAAAAGCGUCUGGAUCAGCAAGUUCUUACACAUCCAGCUGCGGGUGAAUUUUUGCUUACGCUGAAGACGCUGAUGGCGAAGCUCAAGGCAAACGACUGGGGCGCCCUGUCACAGAGCCUUGUUGCUCAUCGCGCACAACGAUUGUUGGCAAUGCUACCAAAUGCAUUGAUAUACGGCUAUACUGAGAUCUACCCAGAACUCGAGCCAUUGAAGAAUUUUGACACCGACAUCUUGAUCGAUGGCGAAGAUAGUGAUGCCCGUUUUUUCCUCGACCUUUCCAGUAGGCCAUCGGCGGAACGUGAGUCGACCUUGGAUCGUUUGCGUUGCUUGUGGCAGUACAGGCAUCACCGGCAAGAAAUACCCGACGGUGAUUGGGCCGAUGCGUUAGAACAGCAUCUGCAGAGACUUGCUGACAUGAGGGUCAGCCGUGUUCGGGCAUGGAUCGAGUCGAACCUAUCCCGGUUUACAGCCACGCAUGCAACAAUUACAGAAUUGAAUCGCGCCUUUGAGAAUGCGCAGGUCGAUUUGAGGUCAAGUGUUGCCCUGUGUAGGAUGAAGUGUACAAAUUGCAAUCUUCUCUGUGUUGGAAGUCGUCGACAUGAUCCUGAUAUGCCCCACGACUGUCAAACAUCUCAUCAGUGUAUCAAGCCUUGCGAAUUCACAGAUGAACAUACCGAUGAAGGAAAACCUUGUGGGUUUCCUGCUGCUCACACCGGGAAGCACAUAUGCACCGUCGAUACCCAUCUCUGUGGUCUGCCCUGCCACUUGAACGACAAAAUUGGAUGUCUAGGCGAGUGCACAAAGAUGGUAGAUCAUCUUGAUGAUCACAUGUGCUCAGCUCGAAAUCAUGCCUGUGGCCAGCCUUGUCAACUGGAGAAUGUCAAAGUGAACCAAGGACGGUCUUUCAGCUGCAAAGGGAAGUGCGUAAUCUCCAGUUCUGAAAUUCAUGAAAUUCAUGUGUGCGACAAUCGUAUGUGCCCAAUUCCCUGUGAGCUUUGCAAACGUCUGUGCUCCGACACCAACCAUCUACACGGGCUGGAUACGCAAGCGACGCAUCUUUGCGGUCAAGAACAUCCCUGCCCGGCAGUAUGUGCGGCACAUGGAAGUUGUGAGAUUGACACGGCCCCUCAAUCCAUCAAAGCGACGUUCACUGGUCGGCAUGAAACGUUUGAAUACACGAAGUAUUCGCAAGUCGCGAAAAGACUCCCUUGCGCGAUUGCUAUUCCAGCGGGCAAGCAACAACAUGAGGGGCCUCACAUCCACUGUACAGAUGCGAACCCUUUCCACUUUUGUGAAUCACGAUGUGAUUACUGUGGUUAUUACUGCACCUUACCUUUGGGACACGUGCAACAAGAACACGAGACGAGCCAUGGUUCCAUGUCUAAGACUCGCUGGGCUGUUGAUGGGCCUGCUGGCGCCUCUAUAGAAAUCAAUGGCCAUAAAUUCGGGUCCGAGGAUGACGGCGCACCAAUGAUGUGUAAUCUGGUCUGCCAAGACAUGGGAAGACAUACUCAUCUGGAUUAUUGUCGAGCGGAUCCACAGCAAGUAGGGACUUGCAGUUCUGCCGAGAUCCAGCAUAUCAGAGAACGAUUGAAACCCAACCCUGAACGGCCCAAGGACUUUAUCACGCAUUCUUUGUUCUGGAGACGGUCAGGCUUUAAAGAUCCAUAUUCUCGCGAUGACAAGACCAAUUUUGCGAAAUGUGACGCUAUGUGUCCUGGUCCUGAACAUGCAGGAAAUGGGACGAAUCCUGGUCAGCCUUCCUACUGUACUUUGCCUCUAUUCCACCCACCUGAGACGUCGAACCAACGAGUGGGGCUGGGAUAUCUGUCUAACGAUGGCCAUGUUUUUCCUUGUAAAAACCCAGCUGUCUUGCAACAAGCAUUUCAUGUAAUAUUUGUCAUUGACAGGUCGGGCUCCAUGGCUUCCAUGGAUCGUCGGCCACUGGCAGGUACACCCGUGACCACGACUAUCCAGCGCACUUGUAAUAACCGACUUGGAGCGGUGUAUUCUUCCCUUCACGCAUUUUGGGUGUCUCGACAUGCUGCAAUUACCGCCAAUAGUCAAGGUCGAGCUGCAAACCGAAGAGAUUCUUACAGUGUCGUUCUCUUUGACCAUCACGUUGUUCGAGGAGUCACGAAUGACUUCACAAGUUCUCCUGAGGUUCUCCUGAAUGGUCUUCUGCGAUAUUCAGCUGGAGGUGGAACCAACUAUGAUACGGCUUUGCGUGAGGCCCAAAAUGUCAUGACACAGAACUGGAGCCCUGAGAGGUACGUUUAAAAUGACUAAAAAUAAUUGGCGUGGUCUUCAUUAUGCACGUAGAGCACCUGUUGUCAUCUUUUU